UAAGCUUGGAAUUUACGAUCCACAACGUCCACAUUUGCUAAGGAUUUCACGGCAACAUCCACAGCAUCCUCUCCAAAGUCGUGAGCACCCAUCCAAUAAAAAUCAGAGUAACAACAAUGGAAAAUGUGUUCGUGUGUAUAUUGCCUUGGGAACUGUAGUCAGCAUAUGUGCCCCCAGAUUGUGUGCGCUUUUAUUGAAUUUGCAUGGAGUUAUAAAUAAAUUAGCCCCAGCAUAUUACCAACUAAAGCAACACCAAGAAGGAUUUAAAUACGUCGAAAAGGUGCCUGAAUAAUAAUCUGAGAUUCAAACUAAAGACAAAACCACUGUGACCUGUUGAACAAGAAAUCUAAACCAUGUACGGAAUGCUUUACGAGAGUGUUCAGCACUAUGUGCAGGAGGAGUAUGGAGUCGACAUUUGGAAGAAGGUGUGUCACAUCAUCGACUGUAAGCACAACAGUUUCAAGACGCACCAGAUUUAUCCUGACAAACUGAUGCCGGACAUCGCCGAGGCCUUGUCCGCCUGCACGGGCGAGUCCUUUGACUUUUGCAUGAACUUCUUUGGAAGAUGUUUUGUGCGCUUCUUUAGUAACUUUGGCUACGACAAGAUGAUUCGCUCCACAGGGCGCUAUUUCUGCGAUUUCCUGCAGUCCAUAGACAACAUCCAUUUGAUUAUGCGGUUUACCUACCCUAAGAUGAAGUCGCCCAGCAUGCAGUUGACUGCCAUGGAUGACAACGGAGCUGUAAUCCUUUACAGAAGCAGUCGCACAGGCAUGUCCAAGUACCUGAUUGGCCAGAUGACAGAGGUUGCUCGUGAGUUCUACGGCCUGGAGAUCAAGGCCUAUGUGAUCGAGAGCCAGAACGAUAUCAGCGGAGGUACAGCCGGUCCGAUCAAGCUUACGGAAGGUCCUUUAACCGUGAUUGUAAAGUAUCGGCUGGACUUUGACAACCGGGAGUAUAUGGCCAAACGCGUCAAUACAGAGGCCCAUCCCUCGCAGGUGAAGAUGCCGACUGUGAAACUGGACGUAUUUCUUGACCUGUUCCCCUUCACCUUUGUCCUGAACCACGAAAUGAAAAUCACGCAUGCCGGAGAGAAGAUCGUGGAGACGUGGAUCAUGCAUAAUCCCGGGGCCAAUCCAAAGGGCUUCUUUGGUACUCAUGUCAUGGACCUGUUCCACUGUCGACGUCCAAAAGACACCACUAUCGAUUGGGAUACCCUCAUCCAGAUGAGAGCGGUCCUCUUUGAGUUUGAGUUGAUUCGUACGGGUCACAACCGCGCUGCCUACGACGCUGUCUUGAACAUGGACUUUGAGAACUACGACGAAAUGGAUUUGAACGAGGCCCAGACAAUGGCACUGGCAAAGGCUAAGGAGUUCAACGAAGCCCAUCCUGCGGACGCAGACGAAGCCUCGGGAGAGGACGAGAUCGACCCGGCCACUGGAGAACGGCGGUCCUCUCAGGGUCUGAGGUCUAUCCUGCUGAAGGGUCAGAUGUUCUAUAUAAAAGACGUAGAUUCGCUGAUCUUCCUCUGCAGUCCUCUUAUCGAAAAUCUGGACGAACUGCACGGAAUCGGUCUGUACCUGAACGAUCUCAAUCCACACGGUCUGAGUCGGGAGUUGGUCAUGGCUGGGUGGCAGCACUGCUCCAAGCUGGAGAUUAUGUUUGAGAAGGAGGAGCAGCGAUCUGACGAGCUGGAAAAGUCCUUGCAACUGGCAGAUUCCUGGAAACGGCAGGGGGAUGAGCUCUUGUACUCCAUGAUUCCGCGUCCCAUUGCAGAGAGAAUGCGGUUCAGCCAGGAGCAGGUCUGCCAGAGUUUCGAGGAAGUAUCCGUCAUUUUCCUGGAGGUGAUGAACGUCUACGAUGAAGGAUUGAAUAGCAUUCAGGGAGCCAUGAAGGCGGUGAACACCUUGAACAAGGUAUUCUCGGCACUGGACGAAGAGAUCAUCUCUCCCUUUGUCUAUAAAGUGGAGACGGUGGGCAUGGUUUACAUGGCGGUUUCGGGUGCUCCUGAUGUCAAUCCCCUCCACGCGGAGCACGCCUGUGAUUUGGCCCUAAGGGUGAUGAAGAAAUUUAAGAGUCACGAGUUGGAUGACGUGGCCAUUCGGGUGGGUAUCAAUUCAGGACCCGUGGUGGCCGGAGUCGUGGGUCAAAAGGUCCCGCGAUACUGCCUGUUCGGGGACACCGUUAACACCGCCUCGCGAAUGGAGAGCAGCAGUGAUCCCUGGAAGAUCCAGCUGUCGAAGUACACCGGGGAUAAAGUUAGCAAAGUGGGUUAUAAAGUGGAGUCCCGCGGCACCGUCAAGGUCAAAGGCAAGGGCGAGAUGGAGACUUAUUGGCUGCUGGAGGGACCUGAGGGUUAAGGACAAAGAAUAUUUAAUGCACCUCAACGUUUAGCACCAUGCUCUUAAAAAUU